CUGUGCAUGCAGCGGUUUGCACAUCUCGCACUCAGCUCAUGCAUAUUGAUCAGCGCCAAGCGCCAGCGCUGUACGGGUGGCAUAACAAUACGAGGGGUUUUCAUCGAAGGAACGAGGAACCACUUGAUGAAACUACAGCUGGAAUAAAAGUUGGAACUUUAUCAUUAUGGCUCAUCAGGAGAGCGCUCAAUUUGGGAAAGGAGAUUUUGUUCUCCUGGAUGAAAUUACUGAAGAUGCUUUCAUGGCGAAUUUGAAAAUGCGAUUCCAAAAGGGGCGCAUCUACACAUACAUCGGAGAAGUAGUGGUAUCCAUAAACCCAUACAGAACUGUCAACAUUUACGGAGAUGAGCAGGUUAAUGACUAUAGAGGGCGGGAGAUCUACGAACGCCCUCCUCAUAUAUUCGCCAUUGCAGACGCAGCGUACAAGUCAAUGAAGAGGAGAGCCAGGGACACAUGUAUUGUUAUAUCAGGUGAGAGUGGCUCAGGGAAGACAGAAGCCUCAAAGAUCAUCAUGAGAUACAUUGCAGCAGUCACAAAUGUGAGUCAACAAGCAGAGGUAGAGAGAGUAAAAAACAUCUUGAUCCAAUCCAAUGCUCUCCUGGAAGCAUUCGGGAAUGCCAAGACAAACAGGAAUGACAACUCCAGCCGCUUUGGCAAGUACAUGGAUAUCAACUUUGACUUCAAAGGAGAUCCUAUUGGCGGACACAUUAACAACUAUCUUCUAGAAAAGUCAAGAGUUAUACACCAGCAGAAAGGAGAGAGGAACUUUCAUUCGUUCUACCAGCUUCUAGUAGGAUGCACGGAACAGAUGCUGAAGGAAUUCAAGCUGAAGAGGGAUCCUAAAGCCUUCUUCUACAUCAAUCAGGGAAAUGGCGCAACAGAGAGGGAGCUACCAGAGGCUAAAGGUUCACAAGCAGGACAUGAUAGGAGGGACUACAAGGCAGCUCAAGAAGCAAUGAGGGAUCUUGGCUUCACCCCGGAAGAGCAAAAGACUGUCUGGACAAUGGUAGCUGCCAUUAUGCAUCUGGGUGAGGUGCAAUUUGAGCCUGACAAAGAUGAAGGAUCCAAGGUCCAAAACAAGGAUGCCAUCAAGACGCUCGCGACCCUGCUCAAGGUCAGCAAAGACGACCUCACCACCGCGUUAUGCUUCCGGGUCGUUGCUGCAGGGUCAAACGAGGUCGUGCACAAAGGUCACACCAAGGAUCAGGCCUACUACGGAAGGGAUGCUUUUGCCAAGGCAAUGUAUGAACGCCUCUUCACGUGGAUCGUGGGUAAGGUGAACAAUGCCAUUGAAGUCAAAGGUACAGUGAAGGAUCAUGGGAAGGAGACGGUCAUCGGUGUGCUGGACAUCUACGGCUUUGAGAUAUUUGAUGACAACAGCUUUGAGCAGUUCUGCAUCAACUACUGCAAUGAGAAGCUUCAGCAGCUCUUCAUAGAGCUCGUCCUGAAGCAGGAGCAGGAGGAGUACCAGCGGGAAGGCAUCGAGUGGACCAAGGUGGAAUACUUCAACAACUGCAUCAUCUGUGACCUGGUGGAGGAGCAACACAAGGGGGUCAUCGCGAUCCUCGACGAGGCCUGCUUGAACGUUGGGAAGAUCACCGAUGCCAUCUUUUUGGAUGCUAUGAACAAGAAACUCUCCUCCCAUCCUCACUUCACAAGUAGAGCUCUCCAGCCAGGAGAGAAGAGCCUUGAACACGGGAAGAACUUCAUGAUCAAGCAUUAUGCUGGUGAUGUCACCUAUGAUGUGACUGGUUUCAUGGACAAGAACAAGGACACCCUCUUCCAGGAUUUCAAACGUCUUCUCUUCUCCAGUCAGAACGCAACAAUCUCAUCAAUGUGGCCUGAAGGUCAGCAGAAAGUCACUGCUGUAACCAAGCGACCGCCCACUGCUGGUACAGUCUUCAAGAACUCCAUGAUAGAACUAGUUAAAAACCUGGCCUCUAAGGAGCCAUACUACGUGAGGUGCAUCAAACCCAACGAAGAGAAAUCACCCCUACUCUUUGAGGAUGUUCGAUGUCUACAUCAAGUCAGGUAUCUGGGACUGUUGGAGAACGUCCGUGUGAGGAGGGCAGGCUUCGCUUCCAGACAGCACUACCAGCGAUUUCUUCUCAGGUAUAAGAUGUUAUCAGGCUACACCUGGCCUAACUUCCGAGGGGGAGACGACAAGCUCGGGGUCCAGACCCUGGUCAGUGAACUCCAGCUGGACCAUGAUGUCAAGUACGGCAAGACAAAGAUUUUCAUCAGAACCCCAAGGACGAUAGUCCAGCUCGAGGAGGCCAGGACCAGGUUGCUUCCAGCUCUAGCGACAUUCCUGCAAAAGCUUUGGAGAGGCACUCUAGCCAGGUGGCGAGUCAAGAAGAUCCGAGCCAUCUACCUCAUGAGUGCUUACAAGCGCUACGUCAGGAGGUCCUACAUGAACAAGGUCAAGGCUACGUUUGGUCGGGUCAAGCAGAAGAGGGAUUAUGGGAGGAGUCUGGAAUGGCCAGAGCCUCACAAGUGGAUGAGGCCCCUUUCCAAGUUGCUACAGAAGUCACAUAGGAGAUGGAUAGCUGCUCAGAUCCUAAGAAACGUCCCCAGAGAAGAAUGGCCGGAGGUCAGACUAAAGUCAGCUGCACAGUCGGCCUUGGCAGGUCGAAGGUCAAACUGGGGUCACCAAAGGAGGUGGAGGGGAGAUUAUCUCUCCUCUAUGGAUGAGAAUUUCCAAUCAUCCGUGUAUGUAGCGAUGAUAGGACAACUCAAAACCAAAGACAGGUUCAAGAAUGUACUCUUCUCAUCAAAAAUACUCAAGGUUAACAAGCAUAACAAGUUUGCAGAGAGGGCGCUUGUCAUCACCGAUCAGUUCAUCUACAAACUGGAUCCCAAGAAGAACUUCAAACUCAUGAGACCGGGAACUCCUGUUUCAGAGGUUACGGGAGUGAGCGUGACCCCCGGUAGAGAUCAGCUGAUCAUAGUCCAUCUAUCAGGUGACAAUGACAUCGUCGUGUGCCUUACCAAUGAUGCCAGGGAGAACCGAGUGCCUGAACUUGUUGGCAUCCUGGAAGACACGUGGGUGGGCACUCGUAAACGAGAGAUCCGGACCAUCGUCAGCAACAACCUGCAGUGCCAGCUGGGUAAGAAGCAGCGGAAGAUCCGCGUCCAACCGACUGGUGUUGACGAACCAGUCUUCCAAAGAGAUCACCAUGACUUCAUCCUACAAUGGCCUAGCAUCGAGAGCUGAGAGUACUGCUGACCUAGACCUUGGAGGCCUUCUCAUACUGAUCCAGCCCAGGUUACCUGCCCCAAAGCUUAUCAACUUGUCCGAAAAGUGAUCCCAUAAAACAGUUCUCACUGCUAGCUCUGUCUGCCGCGCUGCCGAUGCUACCCCGUCUACGGCAAGUCAGGGCUAGUCUGAAGAAGCUAGCAAAAACAAACAGGCAAAAGCUGACAAGGUAAAAACCAAUUUGAUUGCGAAAAGAUGAAAACUUGUUUUAUUUGAAUUUUACCCAUCAGAUGAAUCUCUUACGUAGUUCCGACUCCUGUUUGGGUACAUGGUAGGUGUGAGCAGUCUUUUGAGAAUCGUUAAACAAACACUUUUUUUUACACUAUGUCCUGGAGCUGGGGAGCGUUUCAUGAAUGGGUUUUGCCAGUGAUGUUCACUGAGAGAUAUUAUAAGCUACAUGUACUGCGAAUCUUUGCAGCUUAUUGACUGAUAACAAAUUAGAAAGUGAAAAUCAUUGACAGAGCUUUCCAUGAAGCAUUUUUUGUUUCUUUGACAAAUGUUAUAAGCUACUGCAAAUCCUUGCAUCUGAUUG